AUGAAUCUGAAGGCGGUACUUCUCGGCGCGCUGUCCAUCAGCCUCGCCGCCGCUCGACCUUCGCCGGUGAAGCCAUCCGCGGCGGCUCAUAAGAUCGUCAGCAAGUAUGGCUGGUUCGGCAGCGUCGCGACGCAGGUCAAGGCCGCCGUGGAAGCCAGCAUCGACCUGACGCAGCCCUUCAACGAGUUCAAGAUCCCGAGCACGCUCUACGAAAAAGUCGGCCCCUACACGUUUGCCUUUGACGCGACGAACCGCCGCCUCUUCUUCUCCGUGCCGGACAGCCCCAACUACCCGCUGGGCUACAACUGUCUCAUCGGCUUCGACCUCUCCAAGCCCGCCGGCGCCGCCGGGUCGUACCAGGAGAUGUACCUGUACGGCUUCGGGCCGGGCAACGUCUCCUUCGCAGCCGUGCCCGAGGGCAACGACACGCGCCUGUGGUUCGACGUGGACCCCGACGCAAGCGGCCACGCGCAGAGCCUCGCAGGCUUCCUCUGGCUGCCCAAGAUCAAGCUCUACAACCCAUCGACCGGUCUCGUCAAGGUCUCCCCCAUCAGCGGCGGCGCCGACUACUCCUCGGCGUACGACCCCGCGACCGACAGCCUCGCGAUCCGCUACCGGCUCAACAACCAGACGCGCAUGGUAGCGUACGACCCCGUCAGCGCCUCCAAGAAGGACUUUUCCAAGCCAAAGUACGACGUGCAGGUGCCGGCGCUGAACACGGCGUCCAAGACGGUGCGCGGGUGGGCGGUCCUAGCGCAGAACCUGUACGUCCUGACGGGCGAUGCGGUGAGCGGCGCGUUUGCCGACACGAAGACGGAGAUUGCAAACAUCGACAUCCGCACGCUCAAGACUAAGCAGGGACCCGUGGCCGCGCAGAUCAAGCCCGCAGGCCUGUAUGAGGCCAUGCCGCAGGGGCUGGGUGUCAACUACAAGAAGGGAGAGUAUAAUCAGCUGCUGCUUGGCGUGGCCGGCCGGUCGCCGUAUAACCGACAGGCGAACCUCUUUUCCAACUGCAAGGUCCUGGCUUAG